CUCAGAUACUAGGAACAAUGAUCCGCCUAGUAGAUAGUAUGCCUAGGUGAAUUUUUCUGACUUCAUUCAAAAUAUCAGAAAUAGCUAUUGAGUAUGUGAUAUUGUGUUAAUCUUCACUAUGGUUCUAUUCAAUAUUUUACUUUCUUUAAUUGCAGUAGCCCAUAAGGUCCUUGAAAGCAGAGACUGUGUUUAUACCCAGUCUUUAGAGCUGUGCAUGGUAUACAGUAUGUGCUCAGUAAAUAUUUAUUGAAUGAGUGAAUGGUACAAAUGAGGUUAUUGAAGAUCCCACAACUUAAGUUACUUGCCUAAGAUCACAUUGCUAGCAGGAAGGAAAGGCAGGGUUUGAACACAGGGCUCUCCAAAUGUAUAGAUUCCUUUCUUCCAGAUUGCUAAGUUAGGCCUACUAGUGGUGUAGAAAAAUGGAGAUUGGAGACCCCAAAGGUUUUCAACAAAAGCUCCAUCUGAGGUCUAGGAAAUGCGGGUUCUGAUCCAUCCUUGCUGAAAUCCUCGUGUGAGUUUAGAAAAGUUAUUUCUCCAGUUGUCUCCAUUUUCUAAUCUGUAAAAUGAGGAGAUGGAAGCAAUGUUCUCUAAGGGCCUCAGGGUCUUCAGAUGCCCCUGGGAAGGUUUAUGCUUUGUCUUCUUCUGCAUGCACUUGGAAUUGGGGUAAGGGGUUAGAGGGCAGCUGACUAACUCACCAUCCAAGCACGUGAGGAAAGGAGUCACUUGUGCUUUAUUUCAAGGUGCACAAAAACUCAAAAGCGACGUAAUCUCAGGCCAAAAAACAAGCAACACCCCAAAAUGAAAGUUGAAGAGAGAAGAGAAAGAAAAAAUUUAGAAAGGAGAGGCAUUUGAAGGCUUGACACAGCAUUUAAUUGAAAAAAAAGAGUGCUCUGAUUCCACUCCUAGGUUGCUGUAGCAUAUAAUCUGAAACAGGCGCUCAGGUUGAUAAUUGUGCCCAGAUCUGAUCCUUGACACAUAAGAGCAUAGCUUUUAAGAAGAAAAAAUAUAGGCAUGUGUCUUUAAAGCCUCUCUUCUUAUAUGUGAUUUUUUUCGUGCUCAUUUGGAGGUUGCGUAGCUGGGCCUUUGCAUCCAGCAAAGGCUUCCUUCCCCUCUCCCUGGCUUGGGGAUUAUUGAUUUGGAAGGCAAGGCUAAUUUACAUGUAAAUAAAUCUCAGCACUGGGCAGCGGGAUGGGACGUCCAGAUGCCGUGACUGACUUGCUGACAUCACAGCUUCAUUAGCAUGCGGAGGAUGCAAGCACUGCAACAGCGACUUCUCAGGCACCACCAGCAGCGCCACCGACAGUUAUUAUUAUUUUUUGACCGAGCAGCACAUUUCCUGGUUCAGUGGCUUGAGCUCUGUGAGCAGCUGACUAGUCGCCCCAGGUCUGGCUCAGGAUCACCUGGUGACGCUGAGGCUGGAGUCUGGAACUUCUUCCUUCAGAUUGUCAUGAAGAAGGGGAGUUAAGAGGAAACUGGGGGUCCUCAGGAAGGCGAUCUGAGCACUCAGGCUGAUCCAGAGGAAGAGUAGAAGUCAUACUUUUUUUUUCCCUGCUUGGUGAAUUCCCCAGCAGAGUCUGGAUCCAGCAGUGCUGUUUUCCCCGAGGGAAUGUGGAACAGCUCGGCUUGAGUCUGCUGCCAGCUUCAGGAAGGGUUCAGACUGUAAAGGGGGUUUGAGGAGAAGAUGCUUUGGCUGCCUGAGGUCCUGCUUGCAUUCUUAGAAGUCAGACCCAGGGAGAAAGUGAACUGGGACAAUUGACAAGCUCCAAGGGUCUGGCAGAAGCUUCCUCCGAGACUGGGCAUUUCAUCCUCCCUGGAGGUGGGAAGAUCUGCCUGCACUGCAAGUGUCCCCAAGAGGAGCACAUGGUGACAGUGAUGCCGCUGGAGAUGGAGAAGACCAUCAGCAAACUCAUGUUUGACUUUCAGAGGAACUCGACCUCAGAUGAUGACUCAGGCUGUGCCUUGGAAGAGUAUGCCUGGGUCCCACCGGGUCUGAAGCCUGAACAGGUACACCAGUACUAUAGCUGUCUCCCAGAAGAGAAAGUCCCUUAUGUCAACAGUCCUGGAGAGAAACUGCGAAUCAAGCAGCUACUACACCAGCUGCCGCCACAUGACAAUGAGGUUCGAUACUGUAACUCCCUGGAUGAGGAAGAGAAGAGGGAGCUGAAGCUUUUCAGCAGCCAGAGGAAACGUGAAAACUUGGGCCGUGGGAAUGUCAGGCCUUUCCCAGUCACCAUGACAGGAGCUAUUUGUGAACAGUGUGGAGGCCAGAUCAAUGGUGGAGACAUCGCUGUGUUUGCGUCACGCGCUGGCCAUGGCGUUUGCUGGCACCCGCCGUGCUUCGUAUGCACUGUCUGCAAUGAACUCCUGGUGGAUCUGAUCUACUUUUACCAAGAUGGGAAGAUAUACUGUGGCAGGCACCAUGCUGAGUGCCUGAAGCCGCGCUGUGCAGCCUGCGAUGAGAUCAUCUUUGCAGAUGAAUGCACAGAAGCCGAGGGGCGACACUGGCACAUGAAACACUUUUGCUGCUUCGAGUGUGAGACAGUGCUGGGCGGCCAGCGCUACAUCAUGAAGGAGGGAAGACCCUACUGUUGCCACUGCUUCGAGUCCUUGUAUGCAGAAUAUUGUGACACCUGUGCCCAACAUAUAGGUAUCGACCAAGGUCAAAUGACCUAUGACGGUCAACAUUGGCAUGCCACCGAGACCUGUUUCUGCUGUGCUCACUGCAAGAAAUCCCUCCUGGGGCGGCCAUUCCUUCCGAAGCAGGGCCAGAUAUUCUGCUCGCGGGCCUGCAGUGCUGGGGAAGACCCCAAUGGUUCUGACUCCUCCGAUUCCGCCUUCCAGAACGCCAGGGCCAAGGAGUCCCGGCGCAGUGCCAAAAUUGGCAAGAACAAGGGCAAGACGGAGGAGCCCAUGCUGAACCAGCACAGCCAGCUGCAAGUGAGUUCCAACCGGCUGUCAGCCGAUGUAGAUCCCCUGUCACUGCAAAUGGACAUGCUCAGCCUGUCCAGCCAGACGCCCAGUCUCAACCGGGACCCCAUCUGGAGGAGCCGGGAAGAGCCCUACCAUUAUGGGAACAAGAUGGAGCAGAACCAGUCCCAGAGCCCUCUGCAGCUCCUCAGCCAGUGCAACAUCAGAACUUCCUACAGUCCAGGAGGGCAAGGGGCUGGGGCCCAGCCCGAAAUGUGGGGCAAGCACUUCAGCAACCCCAAAAGGAGCUCGUCACUGGCCAUGACAGGACAUGCUGGCAGCUUCAUCAAAGAAUGCCGAGAAGACUAUUACCCAGGGAGGCUGAGAUCUCAGGAGAGCUACAGUGAUAUGUCUAGUCAGAGUUUCAGUGAGACCCGAGGCAGCAUCCAAGUCCCCAAAUAUGAGGAGGAAGAGGAGGAGGAAGGGGGCAUGUCCACUCAGCAGUGUCGGACCCGUCAUCCAAUCAGUUCCCUGAAAUACACAGAGGACAUGACGCCCACAGAGCAGACGCCUCGUGGCUCCAUGGAAUCCCUGGCUCUGUCUAAUGCAACAGGCCUCUCUGCUGAUGGUGGUGCCAAGCGCCAGGAGCACCUAUCCCGAUUUUCCAUGCCUGACCUCAGCAAAGACUCUGGAAUGAAUGUGUCUGAGAAGCUGAGCAACAUGGGCACUCUUAACUCGUCCAUGCAGUUCCGGAGCGCAGAGUCGGUUCGCAGCCUGCUCUCCGCCCAGCAGUACCAGGAGAUGGAGGGAAACCUCCACCAGCUCAGCAACCCCAUUGGCUACAGAGACCUGCAGUCCCACGGAAGGAUGCAUCAGAGCUUUGAUUUUGAUGGAGGGAUGGCGGGCAGCAAGCUGCCAGGGCAGGAGGGCGUGAGGAUCCAGCCCAUGAGCGAACGCACCCGGAGAAGAGCUACUUCGCGUGACGACAACCGCCGCUUCCGACCUCACAGGUCCAGGCGUUCCCGACGCUCUCGCUCCGACAACGCCCUCCACCUGGCCAGCGAACGCGAGGCCAUCUCUCGGUUAAAAGAUAGGCCCCCUCUGAGAGCCAGGGAGGACUAUGACCAAUUCAUGCGCCAGCGGAGCUUCCAGGAGAGCAUGGGGCAUGGGUCCCGGAGGGACCUGUACGGCCAGUGCCCUAGGACUGUGUCGGACCUGGCUUUGCAGAAUGCCUUUGGGGACCGAUGGGGACCCUACUUCGCGGAGUAUGAUUGGUGUUCCACCUGCUCCUCCUCUUCAGAGUCUGACAACGAGGGCUAUUUCCUAGGAGAACCCAUCCCCCAGCCAGCGCGCCUGCGAUACGUCACUAGCGAUGAGCUACUGCACAAAUACAGCUCCUACGGCCUCCCCAAAUCUUCCACCUUAGGUGGCAGAGGACAGUUGCACAGCAGGAAAAGACAGAAGAGCAAAAACUGUAUCAUUUCUUAAUAUGAUUAGGAUCAGGGAAUGGGAGAAGAUGGGAGCUAAGAAUGUAAAUUCAGAAACUUGCACUGUUUUAAAUGUUAAAGCGCUUUUAGGGGUGGCUUAUGGGGGAGAAAAGGGAAAAUGCUGUCAGUAGAUGGAGGCAAGGUUACAGAUUGACUCAAUAGGUAGUCACAGUUCUUGGCAUGUUGAAUAUUAUUUGCACAUUUCACUUUGGAAACACAGUAGACUCUAUUGAGGCCAGGGUUGGUCACUUCCUUCCCAUCAGUUCUGUGUUGAGUUGCCAUCUCGCAAGAUGGCAAAUUGUUUCCUGCUCGCUUUUAUCCUCUCUGGUUCUCUUACUUUUAGGACCCUUUUUUCAGUAAGUAAUUUGUUUAUUAGCCAGGACCCAAGACUAAGUUAUUUACAUGUCCAUUGUAAAUGCAAUGUAAAUGAGAGUUCUGAUAAAAUAUUUUUGUAUUUUGUAAUAUCAAAGGAAUUUCUAUAUCGUAGGACUCAGUGGGGACUUGCAUGCACAUCCACCAUUGUCUUUGAGUAGUAUUAAAAGGUGGCCCGGUACCACCUUUUUUUUUUUUCUUUUUUUUUUUCUAUACAAAUUUGUUACAUGUCAGUGAGACCUUUUUCAAAGGAAUAUAUUCAAUUUGGCUUUUUGUGGCUGAAAAAAAAUAACUAUUAGACCCAAAGCAUUUUAUGCUCCAUUCCAUCUUAAGGAGCCAUCCUUAAGUCUGCUCCCACCCUCAGUAGAAUUUAUUUUCUACAAAGUGGUAGUAAUUUUUUUUAAAUUGCAAAUGUAAUUUUUGCCAAUUAGAGAAACCAACCAGUGUCAGUAAAAUUCUGUGAGAAAUGCCAUCCCUGCUGGGAAUGUUGAAGUUACUUAAUGUUGAUGUAUCCCUUGGGGAAAGUGAAAGUGACUGUGAGUGGUGCUGUUGUGUGAUGUCAGCAUGACGUUGUUUUGAAUGUGGCAUUAUGUUCUGGUGCUCAUGUUUCCUGGAUUGUAUUAUCUGCUUUCCUUUACCAAGGCAGACAGAGCUGCUGCCUUAGCCUGACAACCGGUUGUCCUCAAAGCAAAUGAACUUAAGCAUUUGGGAUUGAGGGACAGAAGGAUUCUGAGGGGGCUCUGGGAGGGACGGUGUGUGACAUGUCAUGCCUGGAGAAGGAACAAGGCUAUUUGAAAACAGAAAGCAGGUCAAGGGUAGAAGUUAAAGGAGAAUCUGAAGGCAGGUCAGGGAAAAGAAGAACUGGAAAUGAAACAGAGGACAGGUGACAACCGCGUCUCGAAGAGCUCCCAGAGAUUAUAGAAAGAAUCCAGUGUAACCAGCUCAGUAACCAGAGUAUCUGGGUUACUCAGGAAGGUUGGGCUACUGAGAUUUCAGUGGUGCAGUGACUUUGAAAAACAGGCUUUGUCGGGAGGGGAUUUCCAUUUUGAACUUUGAGGACCGUUGGUCAGAAAUUGGGCUCAAAAGUGAGUUUGCUUAAUGAAGACAUUUAACGGUUGUGCUGUUUAUAGUAAAAUAAAACUCCCUACCUUGCUUCAGUUAAAAAUGAAGCGCUUGGUUUCUUCCAUCCUCCUCCUCCCCUUAAUGGAUUGUGGCAGUUGAAAUAAUCCAUCGGAGGACCCACCUGUAGUGAGAUGUACUGUCAGUGUAGUGCCCAGUGUAUCACAGUGGCCAUCUGCCAUGGUGAGGUGAGCGUGAUCUCUUUUCAGUAUAGUAGUAAACAUUUUCUAGUAUUUUUUAUGGAGAGAAUGUCAAAAGCAGUAUUUCAGACCCCGUCCCAGAUGGGUCUGAGGAAAGGAAGGCUGUAAAGGACAUGGUAAUGGCACUCCAUUCGGGAUGUAUUAAAAUAAUUUGCUUUUCAGGUAUUAAUAUGACAUUUGUCAUUGUCACUGAUUUUUUUAAAAAAGCAAUGCACAUGUUGGUUGUGGCUGUUUUCCGCAUGCUAUCUUCAUAUCUAAAUGCUUCAUUAAUUAUCCGAGCCUCCGGAGAAUUAACUCUAUUACGUUUGUAUAGUAAGUUUGUAAACUGCUUGGCAAACUGAUUAAGAAAUAAUUUGCAACACCGUGCUACUAAAGUGGCAGGUUUCUGGUAGAAAUUGUGCGGGUCCAAUUUGGAGUUUUAAGUUCCUUGAUUGAUGAAACUAAAAAGGCAAUUUUGGAAAAAGAAAAGAGAAGGGGAAAAGUAGAUCACUUAUCUUAGCAAACAGUUGAAAAUAUGUCUGUCCUCUGUGGCCCCAAAUCCAGUGGAAGAAAUUCUCCCAGUAAAAGUUGCUCCCUAACUCUGUUUUUCUCAGAAUACCUCUUACAUUUCUCAAAGAAAGCUUCAACUACCAUCAGCAGAAAGAAGGUGGCCUGAAAACUGACACAUGGCCAGUGCCCAGAGGGGUCUAGAGGCAUAAGUCUAGAUGCCCAGAGAGCAUCCAGGGACUGAACUGCUCAAAGCUUGAGAUGAAAUGACAUACAAGCUUCAGGGUAAAACUGUCUACUAGUAAGAUUACCUCCCUCUAUUCUACCAUUGCAGAUAUCUUCUUACCCCAAAUGCAACCUUACAGAGAAUGCUGAAUGCGGAAGGCCAGUUCCUUGCGAUGAUGGCAGAACCUCCAAGUGAAUGCCCUGUUGAGGAAAAGGACAUCAUUGUAUUUGGAAUUCCACCUGCUAGUGAUAGCUCACACAUCACAUCCCAGAAUCCCAUUCCCAAUGCAUUCUUCCCUGAGGCAAGAACUUAAGGUCCUCACCUAAUUCCUCCAUCAAAACCAUUAACUCUUAUUGGACAAGCUCCUCCUGUGAGUGGGGCCUGUACUCAUUUCCUCUUAGAUCAUAAUUCCAUCUUCAACAGACUGGUUUCCAGAAGAGUAAUCUUUUUCCAGUGUUCUGUCUUCUCCAAUGCCCUGGUGGUUACUUUUCCACCUCUCCUAAUAUUGAUCUUUUUGUCUUUCGGUUAGAACUGCAGCUUCGGAGUUCAGUUCAUUUCCUAUUGCUGCUCAAUUCAGUAGCAGCAUAGCUGGCUUGUUCCCAGGCCCAGGAAAUAUAAGUCAUUGACAGUUUCCUGAGAGGCUCUGCCCAUCCAUACCACCCUUGGUACUGUGAAAAGACUUCUUAGCAGCCAAGUGGCAUUGAGGAUGGUAUUCAGGGCACUUUCCAUCUGUCAUAUAGUUGUGGGAUCUCUACCAAGUGUGAAGGUGAAUGAGGUAAGGGAGAUCAGAACCAUGCUUGCUGGUUUUUCAUACGUCCAAGGGAGAAGUCCUGGUGUGGGUUGUUUGACCCCUUCUUUCCACUUUCACCUUUUAUUUUUUAUUCCUUUCUUUCUACCCCCAACCAGCUGAGCAAUUUUGUGUUUCUAACACAGGACCUGGGAGUAGUGCUUUCUAAUCCUCAUUUCCUGUAGGAUGCUCCUGCACUAUAACAGGAUUAUGUUUUCUUCCUUCUUCGGCAGCUUUCUGCUUCUUGGGUACUACUAGCUAUUGUUGAGUUCAGAUGGGGCCUAUGAUGACAUAUAUGUGGCAUGUGCUCUGCGCUCCCUGCAAGCUAAGCAGAUACAACCAGUGCAUCACUGUAUACUCUCGCUGAGAAUGUGGAUGCAGCCUCACAGAUCUUUGCAACACUCCAACCAGCCAGGACCAGUUGAUCAGAACUGAUCUUAUUAGUCUGCUAACAAAUCUUAUUUGUGAACUGAUUCGUAUCUGUCUUUCCACCCUUGGUUCUCUUGCCAUAGAACAAAAACAGUUUAGGAAGCAUAGUUAGGAACAUUUAGGAACCAAUAUUUAUAAGUAAUACGGAGACUCCAGUUCACCCUCCCCUCCCCACCCCAGGUUGUGGAGGCUCAAGGAAGCUGACUUCUUAGGCUAAAGGAUAAAAAAUCUCUUUCACCUCCUUUGCCAUUUUCAUGUUCUCUGCCAAUUACUAUAGGCAGUCUUCAUUUUGCAGAGGUGAGGUAGGACUUCAUCUUAUUCUUCAUCUAAUCCCACCUUCUAACAAAAAAACAAUAAUAAUAACAUAUUUAAAUUCCAAGGAGAAGUGUUCUUUGUGUAUUUCUAACAGAAAACAGACGCUUAAGCCUAAGAAGGAAGAUCCAUCCAUGACAAAGGAAAGUGGAAAACUGAACCAGUUGUCUGAAUAAUUCAUGCCAGGACAGUUGCUAUUAGCAACUGUUUUGCACCUUCAGGGCUUUAAAAUGGGCUCUGCAGACAGCAUUUGCAUAUGCAGGACUCAGUAGCCAAGCCUCCACUGCCAGCUGUUGAAGGCAGUUUCAGAUCGCCACCUUUUGAGGUACAUUUCUUUAAGCACAAGAGAAGUGGAAAUGGCCUUUGCCUUGUCUCCAGUGGUUUGUCCCUCUGGUGCCUCAGCAGAUACCAGAGCUUAUUCUUAUGACCAUUUAGAAAUAGUCCUCAAAGUUAAGAUCAAGAAAAAAUUGGAUUCUUUUUCCAUUUUCUCAUAAUAGUAGCCUAGUCAACACAAGACUCCCAUAAAAUAUGACUCACUAUUGGGAGCCAUACUAUUUUAUAAGCUUACUUCCUGCUGACAAAACUAGCUUUCCUCAAGGAAAUAUAAAGGAGGGGAAAGUCACGUAGUGUUAGGAAAACAUUUCUGUGUUUUGAAUAUGAUGAAUCCAUAGGAUAGAGAAAAAUCUUCUUGUUCUAUUCUGAGAGUUCUCUGAGAUAUCCCUUCACUCUGCUCAGCAUUUGGCCAUUGAUGUUCAACAGGUCACUGACCAAGCUUUUCUAAAUUUUUCAGAGGGAGUUACUUACCAAUCAGGUCUGUUCUCAAAUCUACCUAGCUGAUUUUCAUAUCUUUCCAUAAAGGGUCAUGAUUUGAUCAUGGACCCUGACUUAACAUUCUAAGGACUAUGAGUCCUCCAUUUUUUUUAAUUUUUUUUUUUUUUUUUUUUUUAGCAAAUUAGGACUUCGACAGGUUUUCCUCUCCUAAACUCAUUCUUUCCUCCACAGGAUUGCUUUGCCCAUCUCCUGCUUUCGUUUCAAGUGCAUAAACAAAACCUCAAAGGGCCUGGGAAGGUGAGGCAGGCCAGAGUCUGUGUUCUGUGUUGAGUGUCAAGCUAUUUGUUAAGAAGGUCUGCAACAGGCCUUUGGUGUGGGCUCUGCCAGAGACUGUUCUGAACACUUUGCUUGAGAUCCGUGCCCUGUAAAAUGGAUAUGAUGUUUUACUGAUGUCUGUAAUACAUUUGUAAACUUCCAAUAAAAUUUGAAUAAAAGAAA